CAACGCAUCCAUCACACACUUAUUGGCCAUUCGGAGUCCCCUUCUGGCCGGAAUAGCGAGCUGCUGUUUACCUCGUUUCACUUGCAGGGAUGUGAAGGGAUGACGAAAAUGGCGAGCGGGGUGGUUGGCAACCCCAGUGUACCUGGCAAGCCACCACCUGCAAGCUUCAGCUCCCCGCAGACCUCCCUCCCUUAGUCCACCAACCUUCCACGCCUUGGUCUAUACUCGAGGGCCGGGCUUCUUUCACCAUGGCGUACAAUCCCCGCAACGAUGACCUCGCAUACGGCGACUAUCAUGGCCAGGAUCGCGCCCAAGGUCAGGAGGGGCAAGAGGGCGAGCGCGGCUUCAUUGGCGACGUGGGCAGGCGAUUGUUUGGUGGAAGCAAGCCGGAAGGGGAACAGAACCAGUCACCCUCCUUCAUCUUCGACAAGCUCCACGAAGCCGUGCACGGAAUCGGUACCAAUAUCAAGGACAAGAUAUCCGGAAGAGAAGACCAGCCUCAGCACACCUCAUCUACUGGUCAGCAGCCUCAGCCUCAAGGCCUCGGUCAAGAGUACCACUCGCAGCAUCGCUUCUCGAGCUUCGCCCCUACAAGACAUGGGAAUGACAUCAAGUGGUAUGUCGAUGGAUGUUCUUAUUUUUGGGCUCUCAGUGUGGCCCUCGAGCGGGCCCGUGAAUCCAUUUGGAUCCUCGACUGGUGGCUAUCCCCUGAGCUAUACCUCCGUCGACCGCCAGCCAAGUUUCAGCAAUACAGAAUUGAUCGCAUGUUGGAAGCUGCUGCGAAGCGAGGCGUCAAGAUCAACAUCAUCGUCUAUAAGGAGGUCACACAAGCCCUAACACGUAAGUUGUUGAAUCCAACUCUACCCGAAUAUCUGCACUCUCUUCUCCCCCAGUCUACGGAUUCCGUCACCAAGUUCCUUGUUCGUGCUGGCUUGGACGUCAUCUUCACAUCUCUUGAGGAAGUGGAACGGACCGACCCGCUAAUCGCACCUCCUGUUACAGUCUCCUCUUCGCACACCAAACACGCUUUGGAAGCCCUCCACCCCAACAUUUCCGUCUUCCGGCACCCAGACCAUUUGCCGGAUACCAAAGUGCUUCAGUCGAACUUCUUGACCUCUCUCCAGAAUAUGUCAUUCAGCCCUGCAAAGCUCGCACAACUUCCGGGGGAUAGCCUCAAGGCCAUCUAUGGCGCCCACGAUGGUACAGUCUUAUACUGGGCUCAUCAUGAGAAGCUGUGUCUGAUAGACGGGCACAUUGCGUUCAUGGGUGGCUUGGACGCCUGUUACGGUAGAUGGGAUACAAAUCAGCAUGCAAUUGCAGAUGCACAUCCUGGUGACCUCGACCGCAUUGUAUUCCCAGGCCAGGACUACAACAAUGCUAGAAUCAUGGACUUUCACGAUGUGGUAAACUGGGAGAAGAAUAACUUGGACAGAACCAUAAGCUCACGAAUGGGCUGGACCGACGUCUCAGUCUCCCUUUCCGGCCCCGUGGUUCAAGAUCUUCGCACCCACUUUACACAACGGUGGAAUUUUAUCUACGACGAGAAGUACAGCAAAAAGGCAUCACGCUAUACUCGGCUCACCGAUACCCAGAGUGGAGCUCAAUAUCCUCCAGCACCUCAGCAGCGUGGAUUCGAUGGAGAAGAAGGCGACCGCGGCUUCGGUGGUAACGACGAUGACCAGUCAGGUGAACGCGGGUUGUUCGGGCGGAGUGGUGGUUUGCGCAGCAAAGUCCUCUCUCGAUUCAGCGAAGGCUAUCACCAAAUGGAGAACCAGUUCGGGCAAGCUAGCGGUAAUCACCAGGGGCAAUCGCAUGCCGAGCACAGCGCUCAAUCAGGCGGCAUCGAGUGUCAGAUUGCCCGUAGCGUCUCCAAAUGGAGUCACAACGUUACUACUGAGCGCUCAAUUCAAAAUGCCUACUGCGAGAUCAUCAGAGAUAGUAAGCACUUCGUCUAUAUCGAGCAGCAAUUCUUUAUUACUGCAACCUCUGAUCUCCAAAAGCCCAUCAAGAACAAGAUUGGUGCAGCUAUUGUCGAGCGUAUCCUGCGCGCCGCCCGUAACGGCGAAAAGUUCAAGAUGAUUGUCAUGAUUCCUGCAGUUCCUGCAUUUGCCGGCGAUCUGAAGAGUGAUGAUGCCCUGGGCACAAGGGCGAUAAUGGAGUUUCAAUACGAUUCUAUCAACCGUGGUGGUAACUCCAUCUACGAAACUAUUGCAAAGGCUGGCUAUAAUCCUAUGGAUUAUCUUCGCUUCUACAACCUGCGGAGCUACGACCGUAUCAACGUGAGCGGUGCAAUGCGUGCAGCUGAAGAACGUAGCGGCGUCACAUAUCAACAGGCUAGUAACGAGCGAGAUAUGGCUUACGAAGCCAGUAGGGGUCACUAUCAAGCUUAUCGUCCCCCGCCCACUGCAGAGUAUGGCGUCUAUGAGAUGGAGGGGACACCGAGCCAGUCCUCUGCAGGCAGACCCUAUGGAUCUGAUUCAGGCUACGGGGGUAGUAGCUAUAUGAGCCAACCACCCGCGUACGAGAAGUAUCAGCAAGGAGCGGCUCAAAUCGGUGAUCGACAGGGCCUCGGCAGCGGCCGGUGGGACACUGUGAGCGGGUGCUACAUGCUCGGUGGUGAAGACAUCCGCAAUGUUCCAUGGGAAGGCGGAGCCAUGAGCGAGAUUGACGCCUUUGUGAGCGAGGAACUCUACAUUCACAGCAAGCUCCUCAUCGCCGAUGACCAAAUCGUCCUCUGCGGCAGCGCCAACCUCAACGACCGCUCUCAGUGCGGCGACCAUGACUCUGAAAUUGCAAUCAUCAUCCACGACCCUACACCCGUCGACUCCUUGAUGGAUGGCCGCCCCUACCGGGCCUCCCGCUUCGCAGCCUCGCUACGCCGCCAGAUCUUCCGCAAACAUCUGGGUUUGCUGAAACCGCAGAUCAUAGACCAACCCGAUGCCAACUACGAGCCAAUAGGCGUAGCAAACACGUACGACUGGGGCAGCGAGGAAGACCGCAUCGUGGCCGACCCGCUCUCGGAAGAAUUCCUCACGCACUGGAACUGGCGCGCAAAGCUCAACACGGAGGCCUUCGCCAAAGUGUUCCACCCCGUGCCGUCGGACAGCGUGCGCACGUGGAAAGAAUAUGACGAGUACUAUGGAAGAUUCUUCAACGAGGCGGCUGGCGACAAAGACAAGGAGAAGCGGCCUAGCCAGUAUAAGUGGGGCCAUGUUGUUGCGGAGAAUUUCUCGCCUGGGGAACAGGGCGUGAGGGAGGUUAAGGAGGAGUUGGCGAAGAUUCGGGGCACGUUGGUGGAGAUGCCGUUGCUGUUUUUGAAGGGCGAGGAUAUCGCGAAGGAAGGGUUGGGAUUGAAUGCGUUUACCGAGGAGGUGUAUACGUAGGGGGAUUUUCCUAUCAAAAAGCAUUGAGGUAAUGGGAAAGGGGGAGAUGUAUGGGGAUUUCGCCAGUGAGCGAGUAAUGAAUAUACGAACGGCCCUGAUGAAAGGAAGCAAUCGGUUACAAAAAUAAGGAAUGGAACAUUGCAACCGUGGACCAUUGAUUUCUCACAGAAACAAGUACUGUGAGAAAAAAUAUCAAAAACUGGGCAUACGGUACUCAUUUUCGCAGGCGGUGUCUUGCAGUCUUGCACAUGCAUGGGGUUCUAGCAUUAAGUAUCGAUGCAGAAGUACUCUCACUACUUCAAAAAUACUCUAUCAAUACGAUCACAGC